GAAACAAGACUUGUCAUCGGCCGCCCCACUGGUCGAGUCAAGCAGGAGCGCCUAGGCAAGAGGGAUCCAUAACUUUCCCAUCCAGCGGGAAAACUUUGUGUCUGCCUGUUGGUAACUAGACUACUCCUCAUAGUAUCUACUGAGACGAGAUGGCCCAACAGGGACAAACUGCUCCAAACUGCUCUCUAUCUACCCCUUUGGGCGCUAAGCUAAGCCAGGUUGGGGGUAAUCGUAGCUCAGACCAGCCGGGAAGUGGGGCCCAGAAUGAAUGGGGAGUCGAUCCCAGCGUGGGUGGACGAAUCAGCGUCGGGGCCGCUGGCAUGGCAAAUGCACCCUCCACGCCUGCAAAAUGUCCCGUGGGCUGAAGAAUUCCCGGCCUUAGUUACUUACUCGAACCAUGACGGGAGAACACG